CGAAAGCGUCGCACCCAGCGCCAACGCAACAUGCUCCGGCUCCAGUUCGCGGACCCUCCGGCCGCUUCCUCUCUCUGACGACUGUCGUCUGGGCCAUGGCAAUUCGCAUUCGCACCUGCACAUGACAGACCAUCGAAGGUGUCGCGCUGCUGCGAUCGCGGUGGUCGUGGCCGCCACAGCCCAAGCGCAGCUGGUGACCACGAUGACGACACCGCCGCCACCUCCUUCGGAAGGCAACGGCUUGAGACCUGGCGUCGUUGUCGGACUGGUCGUUGGUGUCGUCGUCGUUGGCGCAAUUCUCGUUUACGGUGGCAUUUACUUUUUGAAACAACAUACGCUUCGAGGCGCAGCGGCCCUGUCCACAGACAAAGUCGUCACGACGAACGAUGCCCAGGCAUACUUUGGACCUGCCCGGCAGUCGGACGACUUCGACGUGUACUUUGGCAAGCAACCGUCCAUGGUGACGAACAUGGCAUCCCAUCCAUGCGUGAAACUCGGGUCGUCCAGGGCAACCGCCGCCACCGUCGCCGUGGACAUCAAUGUUCCGACCAAGCCUGCGUCGUCGCGAGCACUGCCGCCGACAACGGUCCACCAUGUCAAGCUGGAUGCAGUGAUGUCGCCCCAACAUUCUUCAGUGGCCGACGACGCGCCGUCGGACAUGGUCACAGCCAUGCGAUCGUAUCGCAGCAUGAUUCAGCAACAAACCAUGGGGGUUGACAUCGCGUGGAUGAGUCCCGUGGAAAGCUCUCGAAGCUUGUUUCCCUCCCAACGAGCCAUCGUCGACCCAACCUCCAUCGACGACGUUAGCAAACUCGAAUGGUUGAGCGCCAUGGAGUCCACAAGAACGACCAAUCUCGCAGCAUUCGACAGCAUGCGCAACGUGAUGGACCUUGCCAUGGACGAGGAAGCCAGCGAAGCCAGCUGCAGAACCACAUUCAACUUGUAGUCCUCCAUAGCCAGCGUCAACCACGCCACAUAUUAUAAUUUACUCUCCAUGCACAAAUG